UACUAGCGCACCCACACGUUCACUGCGUGUCCUCUGCGUUUUCCGAUGUCGAGCCACGUCGGACCUCCUGCAACCUCCGAUCGGACUUCCUCCCCUCAGCCGAAGAAACCGAAAUCCCGAGAAGUUAGCUCGAGGUUCCUCUCGCCGGCGGCCCCGAGCGCCGCCACCACCGCCGCCGCCCGUUCGUCGUCUUCCUCAUCGUCCGACUUCGGAAAUCAAUCCCCAAACAGCACUCUAAUUUUCUCCCCACGGCAAAAGCACAAGCAACCGCCGGCUAAUUUCUCGAGAAAGCACAAAAGCUACGAGAAUUCGGGGUUUUUCCGCGGGCUCUGGCCCUCGUCGUCCCCAAAGCCGUCGAAAAUUGCUGCCAAAUCCGGAGAUCGGUCGCUCACCAGGCAAAAGAGCUGCACGGAGUUCAGCAGAUUCGACGAUCGAAAAAUUCAGAUCUCUAAUUUCGCCGCAAAAGAUAAUCAGAAGCCCGGUUUAGGAGGAUCCAUGAGGUACACGGGGAAGCCUAUCAAAUUCGAGGAAAAAUCGGACUAUAAUGACCUAAUUGCACCUGGUAGAUUUUCAAUCGACAAGGACGUUCUAUUGAGCUCGGAUGAGCUUGGAAAUUCCAGCGGGAUGAGCUUAGAAACUCCGGCGGCCAGAAAAUAUUCCCCGGCGUCUUACAUGGCUCCGACUCUGAGCUCGAGAAAACACGGACUCGAGCCAUCGAGGUCAAGGAGAUGGAGUGCUGAUUCCGGGCCCAAUCUGAAGCCCGUUGUUUCAUCUUCAGAAUGUAAUAAUAAUAAUUUUAGUAGUUCUUCCAAGGUUUUCAAUUUGAAGAAUGCUAUGAAGAAGGCAGAUGGGAAUGGGGCCCAGUCGGGCUCCGGAAAAUCAAAGUCCGGUGAAGAGAAGGGGAAGAUGAAGAGUAUUCUGAGUCUGGGAAUUGGAUUGUUGAAGGGGAAGAAGCCCGUUUCGAGUCUGUCGCCCUUCGGGCCGGGCUCGUCUUAUGAUGUUCAUCAGUUGAAGUUGCUACAUAACAGGUUGAUGCAAUUGAGGUACAUUAAUGCCCGGGCUAAGACUGUUAAUGGGAAUGUGUUUAAGCAAGCUGAGUGCAACUUCUUGUUUGCAUGGCAUGGCAUGAUAAAACUACAACAUUCUGUGGUGCAAAACAAAUUGCAGCUACAAAGAGAGAAGCUGGAAAUGAAAUUGAGUUACAUAAUUCACUCUCAAAUUCAAGCUCUGGAAAAUUGGGGAAAUAUGGAGACACAGCACUUAUCAGCAGUUUGUACAACCAUCGAUUACUUGCACUCUGUUAUUUGCAGAGUUCCACUUGUUGAUGGAGUGAAGGUAGAACCUCAACUCGCGUCAAUUUCUAUUCGGCAUGCUUCGGAUCUUGCUGCAUCUAUCGACUUGAUGCUCACAAAUUUUUCGCCUACGAUCGAGAAAACCGUUGGAUUAAUGGACGAGUUAGCAAUGGUGGUCACACAAGAGAAGCUGCUAUUACAAGAAUGUUUAGAACUCUUCAGAAACAUUUCCAUAUUGGAGAUGCAAGAGAGGAGCCUGAAGAGCAGCAUAAUGCAAUUCAGUAUACUCCAACAAGACAGCAAAAUCACUUGCACCGGCCCAAGUUAGUCCAGUAGAAGUAAAUAUUAUGAAAUUAUUUCUACGAAAGAAGCUCUCGAAGGAGAAAAAGGUUCAGCCAAGAACAUUUACUCCCUCUGCUGUAAACUGAACCAAACAUCGGUUUUUACUAUGUAUAUAUCUUCUGGCCUAACACAUUAAAAUUCCC